ACGCGCUGGAUUUUAUCUGCAAGGGUCUGGGACAACCUGGAGGCGCGCGAUAGAUGUUGUCACUGUUCGCCGCACUACUGUUUCCGUAGGAUGUUAGGAACAUUGGCCUUUGCGCCUCGACCAGCCAUCACGUCCUUGGGACAUUCCCUUUGGGCUAUCCCUGGCUUGCUUGAGGCUGGACAGGUCGAGUUGGCGUGGAGACGGCAACCCGAUUUGAUCAUUAGUCGUUCUUGCUCGCCAACGCACCGUGCAGCGGGAGGCACUUCACAGUUUGUUACCAGAGGGAAGGCGCAGGACGGACCGAGCGCUGCUGUUAUAUAGAUGCAAGUACUCGCUC